AUGGCGGCCAAGCAGGUGCAUCCCUUGCAGAGUUUGUUUGCCAUCAGCAAAAACUUAGUGGUGUUUGUAUGGCCGGUCCCUUUCCCUAAGUGCCUCUGUGUUGCUGUUCUGAAAGCUGAUCCUGUGCCGCCUGUUCAGCAAGGUGCUGGGGAAACCCGGCAUCUCCCUCUGCAAAGGAAGCUGGAGAUUACUACAACAUAUUCCACUGAGCGAUCUGAGCACUUUAAGCCAUGCAAAGACAAGGAUCUUGCAUACUGUCUCAAUGAGGGGGAAUGCUUUGUGAUUGAAACCUUAACCGGAUCACAUAAACACUGCCGGUGCAAAGAGGGCUACCAAGGAGUCCGCUGUGACCAAUUUCUGCCGAAAACCGACUCAAUCUUGUCAGAUCCAACAGACCACUUAGGAAUUGAAUUCAUGGAGAGCGAAGAAGUGUACCAGCGCCAGGUGCUGUCCAUCUCCUGCAUCGUCUUUGGCCUCGUCGUUGUGGCCAUGCUUUGUGCAGCAUUCUACUUCAAAGCGAAGAAAGAAGCAAAGCAAAUUCAUGAACAGCUGAAAGAAACACAGAAUAGGAAAACCUACAGCCUAAAUGCUUCCAGCAUGAUGGCAAAGUCAGAGUGUAUGGCACAAAGCCGAGUCCAGCUGCAACACUAUUCAAAAGCAGAUAGGCAUCCUGGGCCGAUGCUGGACAAAGUGAUGGAGUCUAGUUUUUCGGGUCCUCCGUCUUUCCCCGAGGCCUUGUCUCCUGAGAGAGGAACCCAGACCAUCAAGCAACACAGAAGCCUGUCUUCAUGCUGCAGCCCAGGACAAAAAGGUGGGAUUCUACAUAAAAAUGCCUUUCGGAGGACUCCUCCCUUACCUCGGGGUAGGUUCAAUGGAAUCACAGGACCAGCAUAUCAGCAGCUAGAAGAGUCAAGGAUGACAGAUCAGGACACAGUACCCUGUCAACGGUAUUCAUCCAGUGUUUUAAAAACUCCUCAGAAUACUUCAAUAAAUAUGCAACUGCCUUCAAGAGAGACAACCCCUUAUUUUAAUAAUGUGGAUCAGAAGGACUUGGUUGGAUAUUCAUCUUCAAGGGCCAACUCCGUUCCCAUCAUCCCGUCUGUGGGCUUGGAUGAAGCCUGCAUGCAAAUGCAAAACGUUCCUGAAGUAACAGGCAUCAAAUGGUGCAAAAACUCCUAUUCUGCUGAACUUGUCAAUGUGAGUUCCCCAGUCAGUAAUUGUCUUAUAGCAGAACAACAUGAAGUGAAAAUAUUGCUAGAAACUGUCCAGGAGCAGAUCCGAAUUCUGACUGAUGCAAGGAGGUCAGAGGACUACGAACUGACGAGCCUAGAACCAGAGAACAGUGCGAGUGAAAACACAGCAUUUCUGCCCAUGAGCCCCGUGGCCAAAUCAGAACGAGAGGCACAAUUUGUCUUAAAAAGUGAAACACAAAGAGACUCAGUAUUGACCAAGUGACUUUGUGUGGGGGUUGUGGGAGGGGAAAUAAGAGAUUGGUGCAUUUGAUGCUUUGCUAAACAGGAAAGGAGGAAAUUAAAUACAAAUUAUUUAUAUGCAUUAAUUUAAGAGCAUCUACUUAGAAGAAACCAAAUAGUCAAUUGCCCUCAUAUCAUAGUGUUUUUUAACAAAAUAUUUUUUUAAGGGAAAGAAAAGUUCAGGAGAGAUGAAGCUUACAUCAAAUGCUUUCUAGGCAGGAUUAUACAUACAGUUUCAGUUACAGAGCAUUUUAACACUGUCCUGUUUGGCUGUUAGAAGGUUUAGGUUAUGUGUAUUUUUUUCAGUAAAGUCCAAGACUAUCCUUAGAUUCAUGACUGGUUUCAGGGUAGUGCUGCAGUCAGCUGCUGAC